GCCUAUAUAAACUUGCUUCCUUGUGUUACAACCUCUCAUGCGUUUCAUUUGGAGUUGGAUAGAUGCAAAGAGAGAUCCCAUGGGGAAGUCUUGUCCCUGAGGGGACGUCACGUGACUGUAACUUAGUUUCGCUUUGGCCCCGGAUCACGUAGCAUAGCGUUAGUGACUGCCUGAUCUAAAUGGAAGCAGUUGGGCAGGGCUGUUCUUACAUUUGUGUUUUCAUGUAGCGUCUCGUUUAUUUUUCCUCAGCUGUCCUCGCUCUUUUAUUGUACUUUGUACUUCUAGUAUAAGCCAAUCAGUCAAAAAAACCUUUUAAAUCUGUCUAAUAUAUGAAGGGCAAUAUGUGGCCCAUGGACCUCCAGUUCAGAAGCACUAGCAUAAAAUAAUUUCAAUAAUGGAAAACAAUAAACAUUGGAUUGAAAAGUUAUUUCCUCCGCAUUUUACUGUGCAAGAUUUCUUUAGCCAGAGUUUUGAACCAGAGCAACUAAUAUCAGAAAAAAUAUCUAAAGAAAAAGUGAAAAAUGUUGAAAAAAUGUACCACAAUGCGGCUGAAAGAUGUUUGGAAGCUGGCAAAUGGAAAAGAAAAGAGGAGUUGUCUAAUAUAUUUAGCUAUGACCCUAAUAUACCAGAUGAUCAAAAAGAAAAGGAACCACCAGUAGGAAACCUGCAUGAUAAUGUGACUUGUCCUAUUGCUGCUCAUGUGGACGAUCAGUGUAUUUGGAGAGAAAAUGAAUUAAAAGUGUUAAGACACGAGAUGCAACAGAGGUACAGCGAAGGUGCCAAAUUUAAGAAUCAGCUGGAUGCUUGUAAACUUGAGCUAUCUGAGUUGAAAGCUAAGCACAAGAACACUGAGCAAGAGCUUGGCAAAGCGAAAGAAGCACUUACAUUAUCAAAAACACAUAUCAGAAAUAAAGGCAUCCUUGUAAAACAGCUGCAAAAGGAUAAACUGCAAAAAGACUCAGAAAUUCAGUCUUUGAAAAAAGAUCUUCAUGAAAAAUCUGUGAUGAUAAACAGUCUUAAUAAGAAUUUGUGUAUAGCUGGAGAAGAAAUUCAGGAGUUAAAGCUAAAGAGUAAAGAUUUAGAGCAAGAGUUAAUAACUGUAAAGCAACAACAAGGAGUUAAAGAAGGCACAUUAAUUGAAAAUCUAAAACGGAAUUACAUUUUAGAGAAAAACAAGUUGCUUAGAGAAAUUGAGAAUCUUAAAGAAGAAGAACGAAAGAGAGAAAAAACACAUUCCCUGAACCUUGCAGCCUUGGACUUACUUAGGAAACAUUUCUCUUCACAAUCAAUAAAUACCAGUACUGAAGUUAUUCAGUUGAAAAUUGUACAUUAGACAUUGCUGUGCAAUCAAAAAAUAUACAUUGAAUGCAUAGAUAAAAUUCAAGAUGAUUUUUGAAGAAUAACAUCUGUAAAUCUAUUGCUGAAAGUUUUCCAGUGUUAGACUGUAGAAUGUUAGACUAGGGAUGCACCAAAUCCCAGAUUUGGUUUGGAAUUCAGUCAAAUAUGUGCCUGGCUAAACUGAAUUGAAACCCUUACAUUGACUGUAGACUGGGGACAUUGAAAAAUGCGAGUAUUUUGCAUUUGCUGAUUUCUUUUUUUAACUAAUUUGCAUACGCAGAUAAGGGUUCAGAUUCGGUUCAGUGACCUCUUUUUGAAAGCAGCAGAAGAGGAAGGCAACUAAUCCAGAAAUAAACAAGGCCCAGUUGCAAAGCAGACAUUCCAUAACAUACCAAGAGUUAACUUAAAGGUGAACAACCCCUUUACUAAUGAAUUAAUAAAUGUUUAAAAACCUUUGAAUCUA